ACCACAGAGCCUUGUAACAUCAUCAGACAGAAGCUUGUACAUCGGAAAAAUGAGUGCUGAGCGUUUUGACUGUCACUAUUGCAAGAUCUCUCUACUGGGCAAACAAUAUAUCUUAAGAGAGGAAACCCAGUACUGCACCAAGUGCUAUGAAAACCUGUUUGCCAACUGCUGUGAAGACUGUGGGAAGCUUAUUGGGUGCAACUGCAAGGAUCUGUCAUACAAGGACCGCCACUGGCACGAACAGUGCUUCAAGUGUGCUCGAUGCAGCAAGGCUUUAGUGGAAAAGCUUUUUGCUGCCAAGGAUGAGCGCCUUCUCUGCACAGAUUGCUAUUCUCACGAGUACUCCUCCAAAUGCUUUACCUGCAAGAAAACCAUCAUGCCAGGUUCCCGCAAAAUGGAGUACAAGGGAAAUUCUUGGCACGAAACCUGCUUCUUAUGUCAUCGCUGUCAGCAGCCAAUAGGAACCAAGUCUUUUAUUCCGAAAGAUAAUGGUUACUUUUGUGUGCCAUGUUUUGAGAAGCAGUUUGCUUACCAGUGCAACUCCUGUAAAAAAGCCAUAACAGCUGGUGGGGUGACUUACCAUGACAAGCCCUGGCACAGGGAGUGCUUCCUGUGCAUUGGGUGUAAGAAGCAGCUGGCAGGGCAGCGCUUCACCUCCAGAGAUGAGUUUUCUUACUGCCUGGAUUGCUUCAGCAGCCUCUAUGCAAAGAAGUGUGUGGGCUGCACCAAGCCCAUCACAAGCCUGGGUGGGGUGAAGUACAUCUCAUUUGAAGAGCGGCAGUGGCACACUGAGUGCUUCACCUGUAUGAAGUGCUCCGUGUCUCUGGUUGGACGAGGAUUCCUCACGCACCGGGAUGAUACCCUGUGUACAGAUUGCGGACGAGAGAAAUAGAUGCAGAAGUCUAGAUCUUUUUCGAGAAGGGUUUAUUGAGUGAUAUAGUCUUGGCUGUGCAACAUAUGGACUAAAUUUUAACUUGUGUGCUAAUUAGUUUGUUUUUUUAGAAUGUGCGCUUUUGAACUAAGAUAAUGUCAAAAGCUUGUGUUUUCAAAAGAGUAUAACUCACUGAAAUCAUAGAAAAUAAGUCAUGUACCAAAAAGCAAUGUAUCAUAUUACAGUAAUUGUGUUUGUUUUGCAGCCAGUCUAUACAAAUGUACCAAAAUGCAUGCUUUAUUUUGCAGCUAUUUUAGUGAAUGCGCUUCCCCCACAAUAUUUAAAAAAAUGCCUAUGGUUUUGUUACUAAACUUUGUUCUCUUUUAGGAAAUGCUUUUCUUUAUAUCAUUGUAAAUGAAGCUAUACUUAUAAGAACACUUGGUAACAACGCAAAUAAAUACUCAAAGUACUGUAAUGAUCCUUUUUUCUGUAAACGUCUCUGUUGAAUAUCUGUGGAGGCGUGCCUCGUAGCUAGAGUAACGUGGGUUAACUUGCAGGCUAAUUAAUAGAAGUACCUGACACUGUGACAAGUGAUAAGUAUGUUAAAAAAUGUAUGGAACUAGGUUAUGCAUGGUCUUACGCAUUUGCCUACUUCAAUAAAUGUACUCUGUGCUUGUA